CCGCCGCCGCUGCCGCUGCGCCUGCUGCUGCUCGCCGUCCCCGCUGCAGUGCGAAGGGCUCGAAGAUGGCCGGUUGGCAGAGCUACGUGGAUAACCUGAUGUGCGAUGGCUGCUGCCAGGAGGCCGCCAUUGUCGGCUACUGCGACGCCAAAUACGUCUGGGCAGCCACGGCUGGGGGCGUCUUCCAGAGCAUCACGCCAGUAGAAAUAGAUAUGAUUGUAGGAAAAGACCGAGAAGGUUUCUUUACCAACGGCUUGACUCUUGGCGCAAAGAAGUGCUCAGUGAUCAGAGAUAGUCUAUAUGUCGAUGGGGACUGCACAAUGGACAUCCGGACAAAGAGUCAAGGUGGGGAGCCAACGUACAACGUUGCUGUGGGCAGAGCUGGCAGAGCAUUGGUUAUAGUCAUGGGAAAGGAAGGUGUCCACGGAGGCACACUUAACAAGAAAGCAUAUGAACUCGCUUUAUACCUGAGGAGGUCUGAUGUGUAAGCAGCCUCUCCCCAUCUACCUAGCAGCUGUCUUCAUCACCACCCCAAAUAUGGUCACAGCGCUACCAGACUAUAGAUGGUAGCUAACUUUUCUUUACCUAUUUUCUAAAGUCAUAUUCCUGUUUGCCCAAUGGAUCACUUGUAUGUUAACCACUGUAUGUAACCAACCCUCACCUGGCAACAUAAUUGCAGCACAAUAAUGAUUUGCAUGAUACCUUGAAAUUGGGGGGAGGGGGCAUGCCAAGUUGGGCAUUACAUUGUCUUAGCAAUUAAUGGGAUAUUGAUUACUAAAAUAAGUUAAUAUUAAGCAAGGUGCCGGUUGUACAAUCUAAUUUGAUCAGUGUGUUUUCAGCACUUUGAGCACUUACUUGGCUCAUGUAGUCUUCCUUUCAUAGCGCAUGGUUGGGAGGAAAACGUGCAUGCAUCUUUCCUUCACUCCUCUCUUCCUACCCACUCCUUCGCACAUGAGGUCUUUGGUUUGAGUCCAUCUUCUUUCAUGCAGUGCCUGGUUAAUUUACCCAAUUAACACCCCUUUCGUUGACGAGCUAUUGAGAGCUGCAGGAGUCUGCUUUUUCGUAUUGUUGUUGCACUUGAGUAGAGACAAACCUUUUUUCAUAAUGUCUAUAGGACGUGUAAAGAGUGCAACUACAAACCAAGAGCAAAAGGCACUUCCUCCCAUGACCGUACUAGACUGGUGACUCCCCAGGGACAUUCCAUCACUGCAGUAGCUCAGAUGUUUGUUCCUUUUUCUUUGCACACCAGCUUCUACUCUUUAGUAAAAUUGUAAAAGGCUGCCAUUAUGGACAUUAGAUAUCCCAACAUAACCAUCUGGAGUGUGUCCAGUUUGUUCUUCAUAGGACCAAUUUUUAUUUGCAGCUUGAGUUUUUAUAUAAAGUUGCAUUAUUGUGGACUUGGCUGUCUUGUGAUGAAUUUUUUCCAUAUGUAUUCCGUGCCAUACUAUUGUUAAAAUGAACUGUUGCUGUUGUGAGAUGGAUUUUAACUGACCUAUUAAGGGUUUCUUUCGAAUGGCACUAUUUUAGGGACAUUCUAGUAUUUGCUUCUAUUGUUUGGGCCUUGUGGAUAAUGUACAGAUUUAAAAACAAAUCUUGUUGCUGAUUUGUCCAUUUCUUUCCCUGCACUUUGUUACAUCUGGGAUACAGUCUAACUCAUCUGAUUUAAUAUGCAUUUAAAAAAAUGCCAUAACUAUUAAAACACCUUGUUUACAGACAGAUGAAAUAAAUUUAUU